AUGGCCACACCUACACGGCCUAAGCCUCUUCCCACUUACUAUACACUGGGAGCAGGAGCUGCAGCUGGCGUCUUUGAGCUGGCGUGUCUGUACCCACUAGAUGUCGUAAAAACACGGCUUCAACUGCAAAGCAAGCAACUAGGCGAUGGAAAAGGACCGAGCCGCGGCAUAUUACGCAUGCUCUCGUCGAUCAUGCGACACGAGGGCUUUUCUGCACUGUAUCGAGGCAUUGCACCGCUGCUCUUGUUGGAAGCACCGAAGCGAGCGAUCAAAUUUGGGUACGUGUGUACAGGUCGCAUAUGUGCCACUCAAUGA